AUGGCUCAGCAGCAGUCGGCCGCGCAGGGCAGCGUCGGCAUGGCUCAGCAGAACCAGCCUGGCUUUACCGAAGACCAGUUUAUGAACUGGAGCGACACAAACCCCAUGGCCAACGUGCCCGCCUACACUGACCCUACACUCUUCGACCAGAACUUUGUCGGAUCCAUGCAGAACGGCAUGUAUGCCAAUGGACAGAGACUUGCGACGGAAGUUCCUAGCACGGAGCUGGUCCGGCGGAACAAUAACCAUCAGCUGGCUCAUAAAUACGAUUAUGCAGGAGGCCUGCCGGGCCACGCUGGCUGGGAGGCCGUGGAUGACGAGGAAGAUUUGGAGGCACAGGCCUUGAAAGCCAGGAAAGAGGCGCAGGCCAAGCGCAAGCAGAUUCCUCCGUUCGUGCAGAAACUGAGCAGCUUUUUGGACAACUCGAAUCACACUGACCUCAUCCGAUGGUCCGACGACGGCAACUCCUUCAUAGUCAUUGACGAGGACGAGUUCGCAAAAACUCUCAUUCCGGAACUAUUCAAGCAUAACAACUACGCCUCGUUUGUGCGCCAGCUGAACAUGUAUGGAUUCCACAAAAAAGUCGGGCUCUCGGACAACUCUAUGAAGCAGGCUGAGAGGAGGGACAAGAAGACGCCGAGUGAAUAUCAUAACAAAUAUUUCAAGCGCGGUCGCCCGGAACUGCUGUGGCUCAUCCAAAAACCCAAAAACCCGCAAUCCAACGCCAAGAGGAAACGGGACGACGACAAGAAAGGACACGACAGUGACGACGAGGGGAGGAAAUACGGCAAUGAGGGAAAUGAGACGCACGGCUUCAACCAGGAUGGCGCGAACUCGGAUAUGCAACUGAUACCCAAGGCCGACUACAACAGCAUGCGCACCGAGAUCCGACAGUUGCAACACCAGCAAAAGCUGAUAUCCAACAUUAUCAGUCAAAUGCGGCGCCAAAACGAACAGUGGUUCCAAGAGGCCACUCAGUUCCAAAAAAUGCACGAGCGCCACGAGAGCUCCAUCAACGCAAUUCUCACGUUCCUUGCUACUUUUUACAACCGCAGCCUCGAGGGCCAGAAUGGUGUCAACAUGAACAUUGCCGACAUGUUUCCUUCGACCAAUCUCGCACAAAACACUACUUCUCACAAGCAAGGCAGCGUUGUCGACAUGGGCGACUACCAGGAAGUUGAGAUGCCCAAGCAGACUUCCGUUCCCAGGCAAAACAAGAAACCGCUUGCUUUGCUGCCUCCUCCGACUGCAAGAGACUCCAGGUCACAGAGUCCCCGCGUCCAAACACAGACGCCUUCCUCCAGACCGUACAGCCCGAAGCGGACCAACAGCUUCUACAAGCAGCAAGCGCAGACGAAGCAGGCACAAUCACAGCAAACGCAGGCACAGCAAGCGAACCACAUGAACUCGAGCCCUCAGCAACCUCUCAACCAUGACUUUAGCUCCGCUUCCGCUUCCCCCGCAAUCAGAUCCAAGCCAGCCCCGAGCCCGAGCAUGCCAAUGCCGGAAACCACUGACGACAUGAUGUCAGUCAUCAACUCGGUGAACGCCAACAACAAUAUCCCGGCAACCGGGCCGCAGUUUGACUUCCCUGCCGCGCUGUCGCACUACCAAACGGCUGAUGGCAACACUCCGUUGACGCAGGCACAACGCGAGGAAAUUCUGUCUCUCAUGAACGCCGCGUCUCCCAAUUCGAAUGCCGACAAUGCAAAUAGCUCGAACAAUGCGCUCUCUAAUCCGCAACCGCCACCAAUGCCUUCGCUUGAGCACUUUGGACACCACGAUGAACAGAUCGACGUGCUUCAGAAGCUCCAGGAGGAGCAGGCAGCGCGCGUGCACCACUUGUCUGAACGCCUUGCCCCAAUGAGCCCGAACGGAAACAUUCCUGGUUUGAAUUCAUACGGUAACUACAACAACCACGCCAAUGCUCCCCCCAGCGACUUCGACCUGGACUCAUUCAUCAACACGGACGCCGGCGACUACUUCCAAAAUACAGGGGCAGGCCCUACAGGCAGCGCCGAUACCAAUUUCCCGGCCUUUGGCAGCAGCAACAUGGACUUCGACUUUGGUGCAUUCGAGGCGGCAACGAACCAGAACCUGUUCGGUGGCGAGGACGGCAACGACGCGGUCUCUGAGAGCGGCGGUAGGAUAGUCGAAAGCGUGAGUAGUGCUGCGACGAGUCCUGCGGAUGCCGGUGCCGAGACGGGACGCGAGGAGCGCGAGAAGACGCCACGCAAGAAGCGUAGAAUUAGCUCGGAUUGA